AUGUCGGUUGUCGUCGAGCAAACAAUCCCCUGGUCGCCUGAGACCCUCGAUCUCACCAACCCACAACGCUGGACGACACUGUUCCCUCUUCUCCGGCCUUCUGUUGUCCCAGUCACUACCAGCAAGGGCCAGACCAUCCUCCUGAAUCGUGCUCUAAGCAACAGUCCGCACAUUCAGAUCGCAGCGAUUGGACGUUCUGGGAACUUCUCCAGCAAGUUUCUGUCGGAUUCUCACAUUACCGCAAUUGUCACUGAGACAUCUGGCGCUGGUAUACUUACAGCACAAGAUAUCCGGCAUGCACUGGAGCGGAACGGCAUCAAUGUUGGACAGGGGCUUGCUGUGCUGCGCGCUGGGAGAGAACGACGAGUGACUGGGCCGGACAACGAUGUUGUCGAAGUUGUGACGGAUGGAGAGCUGGAGUUUGAUCAUCUGCUGAGUCUGCUUGAGCAUGCGACCGAAGCCGCGAGGACAUCUAUCCAUCAGACGGCCGAGCUCCUGAAAUUGUUCAUGAAGACGGCUGCCACAACGAAGUCUGAGUUCCACCCAGCAAAACAGGGAGAGAAUGCUUCGAUCGUGCACGAAGUAGGACGCGAAGAGUUCGAAACAGCUACCAAGGCACUCGAGAAAGACCUCACACACGUUCUCCGAUCACAAGCUUCGCAAACAGGCUCAGUGACGUACUCAGUCCACUACUCCGACAUCAACGGCCUGUCGCAGUUGGAGAAUUACAUCGUCGCGUACGAAAUAUCGAAUUACCUUGACGCCCAAAGCACCCCCUACCGACUCUCAUCCUCCCCCCUCAUCGCCCCCGACCCCCUUUCAGCACGCGGCUGGGCCAUCUCAGUCUGCGCCAUACCCACCCGCUUCCUCUCCGCCCAAUCCAAGCCACCAAACCCGCUUUCCGCACCCUCCAGUCCCACCAGCACCGCGGCCAAGCCCGCCCACACCGCCGCCGCCACCACCACCACAACAGCACCCGCGCUCCCCGACGCCCUCGUCCGCUCGCGCGUCGCCCUCGGCUGCGCCGCCCUCAUCGCCGCCGAGCCGACCAUCACGCACUACGACACGAUCGUCGGCGACGGCGACUGCGGCCUGACGCUGCGCGACGGCGCGCAGAAGGUGCUUUCCUUCAUCGACAACGACGACGACGACGGUGGCGCCGGCGUCGUCGAUCUCUCCAGCCGCAGCCUGCCGCGCGUGCUGGCGGCGCUGGUCGACGACCUCGAAGUCACCAUGGGCGGGACCAGCGGGGCGCUGUAUUGCAUUUUCCUGUCGGCGUUCGGCAGCGCGCUGGCGGCUGACGAUAACGACGGCGACGACGAUGUGCCGCGGGCGUUGGAGGGGGCGCUGGAGCAGCUGAUGCGGUACACGAGGGCGCGGAGGGGGGAUCGGACGUGCUUGGAUGCGCUGAUUCCGUUUGUCGAGACGCUGGCGGGUGGGGGUGGGGCGGAGGAGGCGCUGAGGGCCGCGGAGAGCGGCGUGGAGGAGACGAAGGAGAUGGAGGCGAGGCUGGGGAGGAGCACGUAUUUGGAUGAGAGCGCGACGAGGGGCGUGCCGGAUCCGGGGGCGUAUGGGUUGUUCGUGCUGUUGGAGGGGUUGUGCGGGGUGAAGAGGACGUCGAGUUAG